AUGCAAAAUAGACUAGAUGCCACCAGGAUUGGUUACCGAUACUCUAGUCGGUUAAAUCCCAAGGUUAACGACGCCAACCCUUUGUCAAAUACGAUCAUGGAGGAGCCGAUUCCCCAUAAUUUCGUGAUCCCAAAGAUCGCACCCUUCACUGGAAACUCUGAUCCAGAGUUAUAUUUAAAAGCGUUUCAGGCUCGGAUGUUGAUAUCAGGGGGAAACGACGCAAUACGUUGUAAAAUGUUUAUGGGCACGCUAGCCGAAAUUGCUCUUGAAUGGUUCAACACUAUUUCGAGCUCCACAAUCAACUCGUUCGCCGAAUUCAAACGUGCUUUCCUGGAAAGAUUUUCGGCUAAUAAGGCCAAACCAGUGGAGAUGGCAGACAUGUUUGACAUACGACAAUAUGCUGAAGAAUCAUUAAAACAGUUUCUCAAUCGCUUCACCAAUAUUAGCAUGAGAGUGGUCGAUCCUAACGAGGGUUUACUUGUAAAAGCCUUUGUGAAGGGGCUUCGUGCUAGUUCUUUUAGUGAAUCCUUAUAUCAGAUCCCUCCAAAGACGUUGAUGGAGAUAAGACAAAGAGCAGCGGUAGAAAUAGAAACUGAAGAGGCCAUGCGUCACAAAAAAGCAGGAGAUAAGAGGGUGUUGGCUAACACAAAGAGCGAACGAGAUGUUAAAACAUCUCGAAGAGAAAGGACUCCGCCUCGGACUAGGAUGGAUCGCAGGUUCGUUCCUUACGUAGCUCAGCAGAGAACCGAGUAUAUUCGAACUCGAAGAAUUCCCAAUUUCAUAUUAACUCCAGCGGAAAUCCUAGAAGAUGCGGAAAUAUCUAAACAUCUGCGUUAUCCAAGUAACACAGGGAGGACCCUCGAGAGCCGACCGAACGCUUGGUGUAAAUUUCAUCAGGCGGGAGGUCACGAUACUAAUUUGUGUUAUGCUUUAAACAAUCAGCUCUCGGUGUUAACGGAUAAGGGACUCAUGGGGAAAUACAUAAAAGUAGAUGUAGAUGUGAAGCCAUCUGGAACUCAUUCGGUUACCGAUUUGCACGAAACACCCGUCCUAAGGGAUUUCAAUACGAUAGCAGGAGGUUUCGCGGGAGGUGGACAGAUCGGCUCGGCUAGGAAAAGAUAUGUAAGGAGUGUCAUGACCACGGCCAAAAUUGAAAGGCCGAAGAAAGUUCCAAACAUUGUGUUUUCGAGCGAGGAUAUAAAAGGAGUAGUUCCACAUGAAGAUGAUCCUAUAGUAUUAUCUGUUAUCAUGAUGGGAAGGAAUGUUCAUAGAGUACUGGUCGAUCAAGGGAGUUCGGCAGAUGUGAUGUUCUGGAACACCUUUGUAGGGUUGCAAAUACCGAUAGAUCAAUUAAGACCUUUUGAUGGAGUACUUGUUGGUUUCUAG